GUGGAGUAUCUCCUCAAUUACUAUUACACCCGGCUGAUACAAGGAUCUGUAGAAACACAGGUUGAUUCCAAAGAAAACUGCUUACGCGAACAGGAUUGGUGUUUUGUUUUGUUUUUUAAAAUCAAGCUGGUAUAUUUUUGUUUUCUUCCUUUGUCAGUAUCAUUCAGUAACUGGGUUCAUAGGAAAGCUGUAAACGAUUUUAAACGUAAAUCUUCAAGAACGAGAUGGCAAGAGGAGAGGGCGCAGAGCAGUACUCCAAUGCAAGUCUUCUACAAAAACCCAGCCCAGAUGGAAUCAAAUUGGCAGCAAAGCGUGAAUCAAAGGGCCGGCUGUCGGUGUGCAACAAGUUGUGUUAUGCCGUUGGAGGAGCACCAUAUCAGAUAACAGGAUGUGCAAUCGGCUUCUUCCUUCAGAUCUACCUGCUGGACGUUGCUUUGUUGGACCCAUUUUAUGCCUCCAUCAUCUUGUUUGUGGGUCGAGCAUGGGAUGCUAUCACGGACCCUACUGUGGGUUUUCUGGUCAGCCGGAGUCCCUGGACCAGAUUUGGACGAAUGAUGCCCUGGAUCAUUCUCUCUACCCCAUUUGCUGUGCUAUGCUAUUUUCUCAUCUGGUAUGUGCCGUCUGUUGAGCAAGGCAAAGUUUUCUGGUACCUUAUCUUCUACUGCUCCUUCCAAACAUUACAGACGUGCUUCCAUGUACCGUACUCUGCUCUUACCAUGUUUAUCAGCACAGAACAAAAAGAGAGGGAUUCGGCCACAGCCUACCGAAUGACUGUUGAGGUUUUGGGCACACUCAUUGGCACUGCUGUUCAAGGUCAGAUAGUGGGAAUGGCUAAUGCUCCCUGUAUCAGCUCUGGAGAAGACCUGAACUCCACAGAUCUACAGGUGACUCCUGAGGUCAACAUCACUGAGCCUCAUGUUUCACUUCAGCACCUGAGAAAUGCUUAUAUGAUUGCGUCUGGUGUCAUCUGCUCCAUUUAUGUCAUCUGCGCCGUGGUCUUGUUCCUUGGUGUGAAAGAACGAAAAGAGACCUGCAGGGUUAGGACUGAGCCCAUGUCAUUUUUCCAGGGCAUUCGUAUGGUAAUGGGCCACGGUCCAUAUGCCAAGCUGGUCAUGGGCUUCCUCUUUACCUCUCUGGCCUUUAUGUUUCUAGAGGGAAACUUUGCACUGUUCUGUAGCUACACCCUGGGCUUUAGAAACGACUUCCAAAACAUCCUGCUCGUCAUUAUGCUCUCCGCCACACUUGCUAUCCCAUUUUGGCAAUGGUUCCUCACGAAAUUUGGCAAGAAGACUGCUGUGUAUAUUGGGACUACAUCUGUGGUGCCUUUCCUGAUCUCUGUAGUCUUGGUGCCAAGCAAUCUUAUCGUGACGUACAUUGCAUCUUUUGCUGCUGGAGUCAGCGUUGCAGCGGCCUUCCUCCUGCCCUGGUCCAUGCUUCCUGACGUUGUGGAUGACUUUAAAGUCCAAAAUCCAGAAUCCCAGGGCCAUGAAGCCAUCUUCUACUCCUUCUAUGUGUUCUUCACCAAGUUUGCAUCUGGAGUCUCCUUGGGGGUCUCAACUCUUAGUCUUGAUUUUGCCGGCUACGUGACGAGAGGUUGCACGCAACCCGCCGAGGUCGAUUUAACCCUGAAGAUCCUGGUGUCCGCUGCUCCGAUAGUUUUGAUCAUUAUCGGGCUGCUAAUAUUCAUCUCCUAUCCCAUCGACGAGGAAAAGAGACAAGGCAACCGCAAACUUCUUAAUGAACAACGAGAAAAUGAGAUCGACUCAGAAGCAGACUCCACUGAGAACAAUGCGGUUUAACAGGACAGUGUGCCAUUUGCAAUCGGACCAACAGAGCCAAAACUUUGAACCAACCAUGCUGCCUUCUGGCUGAAAACUUCCACCAAUAUCACGCCUACACAACAGCGGAUCAACUUUAAACGUAGCCUUUGCCAGCUCAAGUUCAAAGUGCCUUGCCAUUUCCAGGUGCAAGUGCUAAUGGACGCUAGAAAUGUUUCUCUGAGUUGCACAAAACCGAAGGGAGGGCGGGCUUGUGUGUUACCAGUAUUUGUGCUGCUCCCUGGCAUAGGAUCUCAAAGCAGUGUCCAAAAACAGCGAGCUUUUGAUAAGCACAAAUCUAAAACUGCACUAAAAAAAAAAGAUCUGAGGUGGGACAUGUCUACCGUAAGAAGAAACUUGAAACAUUUAGAAAGGUUUUUAGGUGCUAAAACCAAAAAUGCAUUUCAAUCAUGAUUGAAAAGUACAUUUUGGGAUGAAUAUCUGUGAAACUGUACACUACGCAAGUAAUGUUUGUACGUAAUUUAAUAUUUAUAAUACUUUUUGUGCAUCUAACUGAAUAAGCAAACUUGAAACCAUGAGACCUAAGGGGUUUGAUUACAUCAAACCUUAGUUUUGCGCACAAAGGGUUAUUGUUUGUUUCUUGUAUUACUGUUCUUCGCGCACCCCUUCUAUUAUGUUCCCUUUUUAUCCGUUUCCGCUCUUUUGGGGCAUACAGAGCUCUUUUAGAGGGAUGCGCUGAGGGAUAAACUUACAGAUUUGAUCCUCGAUGCUUCAGAUCUGCUGACAACUGAGGCAGUGAACUAGCAAUGGGGUUAAAAUGCAUUAUCAAUUGCUUCUGGUGUGAGAUUAAAGAUUAUUUAAGUAUUUAUUACUUUUGUUUUAAAUCAUAUGUUGAUUUAUGUAUGUUUCUCCCCUCUUCCUUAAUCUAACUUGUUUAAGGGCCUCAGUCAGUAUAAUAAGGGCAAUUAGAAUAGUUUUCACUGCUGAAUUAUAUCUAAUAUGCAGUUAAUUCCUAUGGAAAAGCCAAUCAAUGUGUUUUACAGGUGAUAUUGCUGUUUGUUUAGGUGUUAAUCUGAUUUCUGGUCUGUUUACUUUGUGUCAGUGUUCUUUUGUUUGUCCAUAUAGUAGUCGUCUUAGAAGUACCCUUGCUGUAUAGUAAUAAUUAAUGUCAGUUCUCUGCCUGUAACUUUUGUCAGUUAUUUGAAUGCCAAGUGUUUCCACACCAUGUGAUGUGAUACAUGUACAUAGACCAUGACUUUUCAUUUUCUCUCUGGGGAAAAUGGAAUUGCUUGUAAAUAACAUUUAAAGUGUUGUAAAGUGCUGUAUGUUAUAAAUAUGUACAUAUGAUGAUAUGCAACAAUUUUCUAACAACUGUCAAUUUUGUAUUGAUGCAUCUGUAACCUUUCUUGUUCUCAUUAACACCAGUUUGUGGCUAAAUGUUGCGAUUUCCAUAUUCUGGUAUCAAAAAUUACAGUUAUUGUAUAUAAUAAAUAUGCUGAUGUUUGUACAGAUUUUUUUUUUUUUUUUUGGAUGGAUGGAAUAAAUGUACAUGUGUCUAGUUAUUUAAAUUUGAAACUGUUUGUUAAUAAACACUAAAUAAUA